AUGAGCACUCUUCAAAACGUCAACUCCGUCGCCAACCCCAAGCAGGGCGAGUUCAAGCCCUCUGUGGCCCCCGAAGGCCCUAUUACCACCAAGGGCCACAAGCCCGGUGUCAAGGUUAACGAGGCCGACCAGCGCCCGGAAUACCACAUGGAGGAAUUCCCCCGAGGAACUGCUCCUGCAAGCAACUCCUACACUCCCAACGUCUCUGAAGUCAGCCAAGCCAACAACCCUGAUGCCGGCCGUCUGCACGGAAAGGAGUCCACUGCCACUCCCGCAGCUGCUACUCUUGUGGGCGCCACUUCAGGAUCUGUGGAUCAAGGAUUCGGCAAGCCGAUGCAAGGCCAGACAAACACCGAAAUCCGCCACGAUGGCGAGCACGGCCGCAAGAAGCAGUCCGCUGGCUUAGAAGGCGUUGGUGGAUCAAUCCAGGACCGGGGCGUUGAGCGUCAGUUCCCUGAUCAGCGUGGUUUUGAGAGGGAUGAAGCUGUGUCUAGCGGCACCCGGGGCAACAAGGCUGCCCGUGCUGCGGCUGAGGAGCUCGAACCCGAAUCUGCCGAAACCCUUGACAAGGAGUGGGCCUAUGACUCUCGCACCAAGCGUGACAAGGGUCAGCAGAACAAGCACUAA